AUGAUGCAAGCCAAGAAGAUCAAGUACGACGUCAUCGGACUGACCGAGACGAGACGACGUCACGCUCUCAACGCCGUUCAUGAAAAUGGAGAAGAACUGUUCUUAGGAACAUGCGGCAGUAGAGGUGUUGGUGGAGCUGGCGUCCUAGUGAGUAUGGCAAGGAGCAUCGACUCUUUCGAACAACUUACGACCCGAAUAGGACGUGUGCGGAUGAGAAGAUGUGGUCCAACACCACCUUUGACUAUCUUCGUCGCUUACGCUCUAACAUUAAGCUACGAUGAAGAAGUCGAAGCUUUCUAUAUAGACCUGGAGAAGUUCUACCGUGAAAAUCAUGUCUUCUACAAAGUCAUAAUUGGCGAUUUCAGCGACAAAGAAGAUUCCGCAAAGGACAACAUCGACGAGGAAUAUGACCGGCUCGUUGAACACCUUCACGACUGCGCGAAGAAGGCUGAGAGCUUUAAAACCACCAGGAGACGCCUAUCUCUUGAAACUCUUGAGCUGAUAUUCCGGCGUGGAGCAGCACGAGCCGCAGGGAACCAAGAACUCACUUUCGAGUUCGCAAGGCUUUGCAGAGAGGCGAUAAAGGAAGACUUUAAAGAAAGAAGAGCAGAAGUCCUGGGUGAAGCUGCAGAGGCGGUUAAAAGCAUCCGCUAUGCCCGCCGAGACUUCGCCAGUCGCAAGACGUGGAUGACUGCUCUCCGGAACCCGAAGGGAACAACCAUUGCAUCGAGAAGGGGAAUGGAGAAAAUCAUCUACGACUUCUACUCUGAUCUCUUCAACAGCCAUGUCCACUUGCCUCCUCAAAAUCUGAGGGAAGACGAACAUGUCAUUCCAGGGGUUCUUCCGUCCGAAACACGACGUGUCAUCAUGUCGGUAAGAAAUCGUACGGCACCCAGUCCCGAUAGAAUAAGACCAGAACAACUGAAGAACCUUCCGCCAGUACUCAUCAACACCCUGGUGAAGCUCUUUACACGUUACCUGUCGGAAUUCAAGGUUUCUAAACAAUGCAAGACCAGCAAGACCGUGUUGUUGUAUAAAAAUGGAGAUCCACAUGACAUCAGCGACUAUCGCCCAAUCUGCUUACUGUCCGUGCGAGUAUCACGAAAGUACAAGGUGCCGUUCUGUCUCGCCUUCAUCGACUUGAAGAAGGCAUUCGACUCAGUUGAGACGGAAGCGGUCGUGGAAGCCUUGGACAACCAAGGCAUCCCUACUCGGUACAUACUUCGGGAGUUGUACAGUAACUUCACGACCGGAAUUUCGCCAUUCUACAAGAACAUCAUCAUUGACGUGAAGAGGGGGGUCCGACAGGGUGAUACAAUCUCACUCAAAAUAUUCACAGCCACCCUCGAGAACGCAACGCGAAAGUUGGAAUGGGACGACAUGGGAGUGAAGGUUGAUGGUCGGCAGCUACACCAUUUGCGCUUUGUUGAUGACAUCGUACUGAUAACACCUAGCAUCAGCCAAGCGGAACAAAUGCUGACCGAAUUCGACGAAACAUGUGGAUGCAUCGGUCUUCAACUGAAUCUACAAAAGACGAUGUUCAUACGGAACGGAUGGAUCUCGGACGCCCCAUUCACGCUCAACGGAACGAACAUAUCCGAAUGCACCAGCUACAUUUAUUUGGGUCGCGAGUGA